AAGCGAUCUGAUUGGUUGCUAUGGGCAACUCAGCAACUUUUCCUCUGGACAGGUUUUGAUAAAUCUCCCCCACGGCGUUAAAUCUACUGCUGCACUACAACCUAUAGUCUUCAGAAGAAGAUAGACAAAGACUGUGCCGUGUAGAGAAGGCUGCUGCAUACUGUUUGGGUCGGAGCUCCUCGGUAUAGGCCUGGCCCAACUCUCUUCUAAAUACAGAAACUGCAAUGAAGAAUGCAAAGGAUGACAGUCAGGACCAUCACAUCACAGUUGCUGUACGUAUUCGUCCUCUCAAUAAGGCUGAAAUAGAGGAGGGCAUGCAAUGUAUCACAUAUAAACUAGGAGAACUAAUACUGCUGAAGGAUCCAAAUGAAGAUCCAGAGAAUGGCUGGAGGGGGAAUUGUUCCCGGCAGAGAACAUUUGUGUUCGAUAAGGUGUUGGAUCAGAAUGCUUCCCAGGACUGUGUGUAUGAAUCAACUGCAAAAAGCCUGGUAGAAGGUAUUGUUUCUGGGUACAAUGCUACUGUCUUUGCUUAUGGCCCAACAGGCACAGGUAAGACAUAUACUAUGCUGGGAAUGGAUGGCGAGCCUGGAAUAUUCUACAGAACUCUGAGUGAUCUCUUCAGGACUAUCGAGGAGAUCAGUGACAGUACAGAUUACUCUGUAUCCAUGUCCUACCUGGAGAUCUACAACGAAUUAAUCCGUGACCUGUUAAACCCUUCUUCUGGCUUUUUGGAGCUUAGAGAUGACUCUAAAGGAAAUGUACAGAUUGCUAGGAUUACGGAAUUCUUCACUCACAGUGCCGAAGAGUCCAUGGACUUGUUAAGAAAGGGAAAUAGACAUCGGACACAAGAACCAACAGCGGCUAACAAGACAUCUUCCCGGUCCCACGCAGUACUGCAAGUCACUGUGAAAUACAAGAGCAAAUCACACAAUGUUCACGAUGAACUGAGAAUUGGGAAGCUGUUCAUGAUUGAUCUGGCGGGGUCUGAAAGAGCAGCCCAGACACAAAACCGAGGCCAGAGGAUGAAGGAAGGGGCUCAUAUUAACCGCUCACUCUUAGCUCUGGGAAACUGCAUCACAGCGCUGAGCGAACGCGGAGGGGGCCAUGGUCAUCAUAUCAACUACAGAGACAGCAAGUUGACCCGACUCUUAAAGGACGCAUUAGGUGGGAACAGCAGAACAGUCAUGAUUGUGCACAUCAGUCCUGCUGCCGCCGCAUUUGAGGAGACCCGCACCACGCUGAUCUAUGCCAGCCGAGCCAAGAGCAUCAAGACCAGGGUGAAGAGAAACUAUGAGAGCGUGGCCCAGCACAUCACUCACUACAGUGGAUUAAUGUCCAACCUUCACCGAGAGAUCCAUCAGUUACAAAGCAGCAUUAGACAGCACGAGCGCGAGCUUAGAGAGCUGAGAGACCUGGGAGUAAAGAUCCGAGCCAGACGAGAAAAUGGGCAUCAGAACGAUCUAUCAGAUCCAGAUCACAUCAAUCUGGAAGAACAGAUCAUGGACGCUUUUCAGGAGCACAUGGAAGUGAGGCGCAGCCUCCUGCAGCUGAACAAUGCCAACAUGGAGAUGCGUAUUGAUGCCAUCAGACAUCUGGCUACCAUUGCUGACUGGGAACAGGAGAAAGCUCGGGAAUCCACCCGGCCGAGAAGAGAGAAGGUCUCAGAGGACAUAGUGAUAGAUGCAGGUGAUGAAGAGGAUGAAGAAGAAGCAGAUGUGGUCGAGCCUCCUGAAGUCAUGGUGGCCAGAGAAGAAAUUAACAUGCUUCUUGCUGAGCAGAAGAAAACUGCUUCUAUGAUGGCAGAACUGGAAGACCAUUGGGCAAAAGCUAAAACAAAGACGUCUCAGCUGGAGCAGAUGAUCCCGGAGCAGCCCGGUAGUGACCAGCAGGAGGCCUUAAUGUUACUGAACAAACUUCAUGAGUUACAGGCCUGGAAUACAGAGCUCAGGGCCAGGAGCGCCUGCAGGGACAAUAGUCUCCUGUACCAGAAGGACUUUGUGAUUCUGAGCUACCAGCAGUACAGGUCCUUAUGUGAGAAAAUCAUCCAUCUGCAAAAGGCUCUUAUAGAAGAUGAUAAGGUUCACAAUCCAGAGCUGCUGGAGAAGCUUCACUGCUUGUACUCAAAGGAAAUAGAGAAUGGAACAAUAAGCCGUCUGGAGCAGCUACACUCUCUGUUAUCAAGAAGACUUAAAGAUGAUAAAGUACAAAAUGGGGUUGACCCAGAAAAUUGUGGGGCUUCACUCCUGCACCUGGAUAUAGAAAAGCUUGAACAAGCCGUAAGUGACAGGAAGAAGAGUGGUCUCUACUGCACAAGACCCAGCCUAUCUCCUUAUAUUAUCGAUUCAGAUAGUGAAAGUAGGACUACAAAGUCAUCUCCUGCAUUAAAGCCCACAAGACAGAAUUCUUCCCCGAGCCUGACACCUUUUCACCAUUUAAGGACCCCGAUACAUCCGACAGUUAAUAAUCCCUCUAAAGACAGCACGAUGCCCAUGGCGUUUCCAAUCUCUUUUGAUACUGAACGUAGUCGCUCUCUGUCCGUUCUGCCUCUCACUCCUGAAGCCCUGGAAGAGAUUGCUGCGGGAACAAAAAGCAUUUCCCUGGUGGCGGCCAGAAUACGUUCAAAAGUUGCCAGCACCGAAUCAUCAUUCAUCUUAAAGAAAGAGACAGCCCUCCCCAUAUUGCAUCUGCCCAAGACCCCAAGGAUUACACUUCGUCCACCAGUCAGGAAAGCUGUGAGCACGGAAAGCCUGGCAGCCAUAGCUCCAAGGAAAGAUGAAGACGUGGAGCUUCUCACCCCAGCCAAGAAACUCAAUAUCCAAAAAAUCUUUUGUGGACGAAGGUCACGUUCAUUUGAAGCUUCCUCUUCACAGCUGACACAUGUAAAGCCUCACAGUAUACACAAAGUAAACCCGGAUAGGAGUCACCGGGGGAUACCUCAUUCUGGAUUUUCGACCAAACCAACACUGAUUGGCUCUAAAGACAAGGUUGUGUUUAAUACGAAGACGUAUGUGAAGUCCAGGGGGAAGAAGAGUAUUUCUAACCAUGUGCCACCAGCAACCAGGAUGCCAGUGAACUGUAAUCACCAAACCGAUGAAGGCCCUAUUCAGGUUCUUCAGGUCACCCGGACACCUCCCUGUAUGAUCCAGCAGAUCAACGCAGGACCAGACAAGGGACAAGUCCUACACAAGAGGGUCAAAGGUCCAGGCGAAGUCACACCCGGGAAAUCCAGAUCAUCGUUUCCUAGAAAACCUGCACCAGACAUACACAGCGGGAAAAAACCCAUCAAGACCUGAGAACAGGAGAAAAUGGCUGCACUGUAAAAUAGAACCUGUGAAUUGUGUAUUACUGAAAUGUUGGAUAAAACAGGACUUUGAAAGAUAAGAUGUAUUGUAUCUACUUUAUCUCUAUUGCACAUAGGGUUGCCACCUUUCUUGCAAAAAAAAUAAAAAAUACCAGCCAUGCUAAUUUGCAUAAUUAAUUACAUAUGCGUGACAUCACAGGAUACACAUAUACAGGGGAAGAUUUUGUCCUAUUCUAACCCCUAUAACUUUUUUAUUUCUCCUUAUACGGUCCUGUUUGAGGGCUCAUUUUUUGCACCCCAAUCUGUAGUUUUGAACAGU